AUGUACGAUGAUGGACCCAAUGCCUUGACCCAGAAACGCCUUUGUCGUCUGAAGGAGCUAGGCCUGGUUGGCGAGGACGUUGAGCAUUCCCCUCCCGUUGGAAUUCUUGGAAAAAGCUGGCAAGAGAUGUCAGCAGAAGAGAAGAAAUUAUCAGCGAGGAAAAUGGAGGUUUUUGCGGCCAUGGUCGAAGUGCUCGAUACUAAUAUUGGACGGGUGAUUGAUCAUCUUGAGUCGACGGGGGAGUUGGAGAAUACUUUUGUUUUGUUCAUGUCUGAUAACGGGGCGGAAGGGGCAGCUCUAGAGGCCCUCCCGCUCAUGGGAGGUGAGCGAAUGAUGGGCGACAUCAUCAAAAAGUAUUACAACAACACCUUGGAUAACAUCGGCGAUCCUGACUCAUUUGUUUGGUACGGUGCUCGCUGGGCUUGUGCUGCAACCGCUCCCUCUCGAGGCUUCAAAUGCUGGGUUACGGAAGGAGGUAUUCGUUGUCCUUGUGUCAUCCGGUAUCCAUCGUUUCAAGCCAAGCCUGACGAGAUCACAAACUCUUUCACCACGGUGAUGGAUAUUCUCCCCACCAUCUUGGAGUUAGCCGGGGUAGCCCACCCUGGAACAAGAUUCCGGGGCCGUGAAGUUGUUGUCCCUAGAGGUCGAUCUUGGGUCUCACAUUUGAGCUCCGGUGAUUUGAAGAAGACGAGUGUUCACAAGGAAGACGUGCACAUCCAUGGGUGGGAACUCUUUGGCCAGCGAGCGAUUCGCGAAGGAAAAUGGAAGGCUGUCUGGAUCGCUAAGCCUCGGGGAAAAGAUGACUGGGAGCUCUAUGACGUUGAGUCUGAUCCCUCGGAGCUUAAAGAUCUUGCCGAGGGCAGACAGGAUGUGCUUGGUCGGUUAAUCCAACAUUGGGAGCAGUACUAUGCGGAGACUGGGAUGGUUCAAACUCCUGCAUCCCGCGUAGUGAGGAGAAUGUGA